ACUGAACCUAUUUUCGUUGUAUUUUUGUACCUUUCGUCCCCAUCUUCUUCGUUCCGGAGCGGCUGGCUUCGCGCAUCAAGGUUAUCGAAGAGGGACUGAAUUUGGGAGAUGGCGUCAAGCGGGCUUCCAUCGGGAGCCUUCCUCACCACCCUCAAUGGGCGGCGAUGUACGGCGGUCCCCCGCGUGGCAGCUGUAUCUACGACCGUGAGCAGGGUCACUACGGUGACCACGACAAGCAGCUCGACGACCACCGUAGCAGCCGCGAGCCCGUCGGGGGGCUUAGCAGCAGCGCCGGCUGCAGACAUAGAUGCAGGCACCGAGGCGGCCGAGCAGACUUCAACAAGUACGACGAGCCCCUCCUCAGUUGCCACUACAAGCACUUCCUCCGGCUCGGUGCGGAUUGCGCAGGCUCAGGACAGUGAGUCGGGCACUUCGGCAAGCCCACCGUCACCUUCGCCUGACGCUCUCGCAGCAUCCGACGCUACUUCCCAGCCCUUCACUGCCGUUGCGGACGUAACAGCCUCGCAAGCGUCCGUGGAACAGAGCAGUCAAGCUGAUGCCAGCGUAACAGCCCCGGCUGUAGCAGAUACACCGGCGGCUUCGUCAGAGCCCACUCGCGCCGAGUCGUCCUCCCCUCCUGAUCUAGCAGUAGGCCCGGUGGCCACGGCCCUCCUCACCACCAUUGAAUCGCCGCCAACGCCGACCGAUCCCGUCGUCGCCGAUUCAACAGGGUCAACGUCAGCAGAUGCAGCCGCGAGUUCGAUUCCCAACUCAAACAACAAUGCGGUCCAGUCGACCGUGGCAGUAGCCGGUGGCGUCAUUGGCGGUGUCGUUGCCAUCAGCUUUCUCGCAUUUUUCAUUUGGUGGUGGAGGCGCCGGACGCAGAGGAAAAGGAGAAGCACCCUCUUGACGCCCCUCGACGUGGGCCCGUCCUAUGACCGCGAUGAGAAGGGCGGUUAUGUGAUCUCUCGUGGGAGUAUCGGGCCAACCCCUGUGGCAGUAAAGGUUAAGGCUGCCCUUGGCCACAACUAUAAGAGAAUUCGAGGCCAUAUUAGGAAUCGAACAGCGCCAUCGGUGAACCUAGACCGGGGCACUUCUCAAUUUAUGGAUUCCGCCACGAAGCACAGCCGGACCAACUCUGGCAUCAUUGGGGCCGAGCCAACAACGACAGAUCGUCUUAAGGAUUGGUGGUCAGGCCUGGGCAAGAAGUUCAACCGGCAGAACAACAGCGCCCAGGAGAAGCCCCAGGGCGUCACGCAGGAGAAGAAGGUGACCAGCUCACAGCCUGAUUUCUUGACUCUCCUUAGCAUGGAUGACGGGGAGCUCGACCGCGAAGCACAGCGACGACGAGUCAGCAACGCACGAAUCAACGGCCGCGCCAACUCUAGUGACAACCUCCUAGGCGGCUUAAAUCUCAGCUUCGGCAACGACAACCCCUUCAGCGACGCCAACGCCAUCGCUCACACCUCGGCCAAGCCGGCGCCCCUGGCGGUGAACCAAGGCAACGCAGCCAACCCCUUCAGCGACGCGAACGCCAUCGCCAACCCAGCCCCCACCAUGCCCAAACCAACCACCUACGUCGCCGACAUCCGCCGCUCCCGCAGCAACAGCACCGUGGCUGGCCGCCAACCCAGCACAGUCUACAACUACAGCAACGCCAACCGCGACAGCGCCGGCUCCCUCCGCUCCAUGGCCACAGCAACAACCACCAACCAGCGCAACAAAUUCCGCUCCGACCCUUUCGACCUCGAGCGCCCCGAACUGCUCGCAGGCGGCGGUAACAAACCGGCCAUGCUCCCCAACAGCCGCACGAGCAGCACAGCCGCCACCGCCGGGUCCGCCCCGUCCCCGUCCCCGGGACCAACCCAGCCAACACAGCAACAACAGACGGGGGCGACGAUGAUGAUGAUGAACCCCCCCGCGCGGGCGCGCACGCGCGCCGAGUCGUUUUCGUCCCGCUACUCCAAGUUCUCCAAGUACUCGUCCGGCGUGAGCGCCAUGUCGGCCGACCGCGGCAGCAGCAUGGAUUGGAGCGACCCCGGCCCCGAUGUCGGGCCUGGUGCCGCGGGGAGCUGGGCUACUAGUGGUGGUGGUGGUGGGGGUGGGGGUGGGAAUGGGAGUGAGAGGACAAGGGCCAAUGGGGGACGGUUGAGUGGGGGUAGCUUGGGCAGUUUGGGGAGUGUGGGGAAGGCUAUGUGAGGAUAGUGGUGGUGACUGCUGUGCGUGCUGUUGUAUGGACGUGUGAGGGGUUGGCGUUGCGGUAGUUGCUUGCUUUUUGUUGGAGUUGUUUGGCCGUGGCUCCUCAGGGGAAGGGUGGGUUGUGCUAUCCUUGGUUUUGGAUGACAGCGCCGCUUGGCCGCGGCCUCCCUAUCAAAUACCGCAGGCCCGCAUGUGUAUAAAAUACGGUACGGAGGGUUUCUGAGCGGGGGGUAUCAGUUUUAGAGGUACGGCUGCCCUGUAUCCUCCG